AUGGUUGAGGUAGCGGGCCUCAUUGCACCUCAACCACAACAAUCCCCCGUCCAGCUUGCCCGUUCUUUGGUGUCACCUCUCCACGACAUGGCGACCGACGAGCUAGGAGAAUUUUACGUCAGAUACUACGUCGGUCACAAGGGCAAAUUCGGCCAUGAGUUUCUCGAGUUCGAGUUUAGACCAGAUGGGAAGCUGCGAUACGCGAAUAACUCCAACUACAAGAAGGACACCAUGAUCCGAAAAGAGGUGUUUGUGUCGGAAGCCGUCAUGAAAGAGUGCAAACGGAUUAUCGCGGAGAGCGAGGUGACGAAGGAAGAUGACAGCAACUGGCCUGAGCCGGACAGAGUGGGUCGGCAAGAGCUGGAGAUUGUCAUGGGGAAUGAGCACGGUUUUCUACUAUUUGGUGCAGGAUUUGAAGUGUUUAGUUUUCUCGCUAAUAGGUCUUCAUUUCAAGAUCAAGCCAAUUUAGCUGUAUUUCAUGGUCCGUUGUUUUUCCCUUUAUGCCCAGCUGGUGUUUGA